AUGGACUUCGACCUAAAUGCCGGAUAUGCUUCCAUAAAAAGAGAGUUCAUAAAAAAUGUCACAACACCCCCGCCCAAAGUUCCAUCUAAUCCUUCCGAAGGCGACGUUCCUGUGAAGCGAAGGCGAAAACAGGAGAAACUAGCCACCAAGUCUUUCGGUCCAAUGAAAUUAUGCCCUUACGUCGUAACACCCUUUCCGGAACCUUGCUCAAAUCAAAACAACAGCACACUUGUCUCACGGACCUGUCCGUUUCUAGAAAAGGGUUGUCGGUAUAGCCACGACGUAGGGGCUGCGCUGGCGAGCAAACGUCCUGAUAUAUCGGGUAGCUGCCCAGUUCUGGCCAGUUUGGGACGCUGUGUUGCCGGUCCUUUCUGCCGUUGGGCAUCCAGCCAUUCCAUGUUGAACGUCUCGGCGGUUGUCACGAAUGAAGUCACAGAAUCCUACAAUAAUUCACUAACUCCAGAAGUUCGGACUCUCCUGUAUAAAAGGCAGUAUGACUUUAACCGUGCUGAUGCCAUCACUCGAAAGCACUCGAGUGCUAAUAAGCCUCAUGAUAACCACUCCGGAGCUGUACCCAACGGCGAACCAGCUGACAGCUCGGAAUUAGUUCCCAAGAUAGGCAUGAUUACGGAUGAGGAUUUGAUCAAACCAAGACCACGUGAGAAAAAACAGAUAGACUUUGUGAACAAAUUGUACCUGGCUCCACUUACAACGGUUGGUAACUUACCAUUUCGGCGUAUAUGCAAACGUUUUGGAGCAGAAAUCACUUGCGGUGAGAUGGCAUUGGCUACGCAGUUGUUGCAAGGAAGACAAAGUGAAUGGGCCUUGCUUCGUCGACACGAGUCAGAAGAGCUGUUUGGUGUGCAGUUGUGUGGCGGACACACUGAUACAAUGACGCGAGCGGCUCAACUGAUUGAUGAACAGUGCGAAGUGGAUUUCAUCGACGUGAAUUGCGGCUGUCCCAUCGAUAUGAUUUGGCGGAAGGGUGCAGGUUCUGGUCUGUUGCAACAUGGAUCGCGCCUUGAGUCCAUCGUGCGGGGUAUGGAUUCCGUCCUCACCACCGCCCAGGUAACCGUAAAACUGCGUUCUGGUGUCCGUGAGGGUAAAAAUACAGCACAUCAGCUGAUUCCGGGUCUCAGGCAAGCUGGUGUCUCACUCAUAACAAUACACGGCCGAAGUCGUGAACAACGCUACACCAAGCUUGCCGACUGGGACUAUGUUAGACAAUGUGCGGAAAUCGCACGUCCCAUACCCGUCUUCGGAAACGGUGAUAUUCUUUCAUUGGAAGACUAUAUGACCCACAAGGAAUGCUCCGGAGUUUCGGGCGUAAUGAUCGCUCGCGGUGCACUUAUCAAACCUUGGCUAUUCACCGAAAUACGGGACUGUCGCACGUGGGACAUUUCGGCUAGCGAACGUCUUGACAUUUUGCGUGAUUUUAGCAACUACGGACUUGAGUUGUGGGGAUCGGAUACGCGUGGGGUGGAGACUACUCGGCGGUUCAUGCUCGAAUGGUUAUCCUUCUUGUAUCGCUAUAUCCCAUACGGAAUAUUGGAACGUGUACCUCAGCGGAUCAACGAACGUCCCCCUGCAUACUUUGGGCGCAAUGAUCUUGAGACCUUGAUGGCCAGUGAGAAUUGUGCAGACUGGAUAAGAAUAAGCGAAAUGUUGCUUGGUCCAGUUCCCGACGGGUUCACAUUCACUCCCAAACACAAAGCCAAUGCAUACCGAUAGCCUUCCACCAGGAAAUUUUCAGCUGCUCGUUUUUUAUCUAUCGUACAACAUCUUGUGCACUUGGGAUGUCUUUUAUUGUGGAUCAUUUUCCAUAAUAUACAGAGGAACACAGCGAGUAUCCGGUUUUUCCUGUUUUCCUGUGGACGGGGAUUUCGAGGGUCUGUCUUCCUUGGUGUAAUGGGAACUCACGUGAUAUUUGCGACUCAUGGGCUCGAUGUUGUUUUGG